CUACAGGCUAUGAAUCCUGGUUUAUCUUUAACUAUGUAUGUGAGGCUCCUUGAAUGCCUCCUGGUCCUCCUCCCCACCUCCCAAGUACUGGGAUUACAGGUCACUUGCAUAUCAAAAGAAGGCAUCAGAUUCCAGUCUGGAUGGAGUAAGCCACCUUGUGUUUGCUGAGAAUUGAAUUCAAGACCUCUGGAAGAGCAGACAGUGCUCUUAACCACUGAACCAUGUCUCCAGCCCUGUUUUGUUUUGCUUUUCUCCUCAGUUUUUUAAAGGAGCACUCACUAUAUAGACCUGACUCAAACUUGCCAUAGAUUAAAGAGGUUAGCCACCAUAGCGUGCCUAGCACCUGGCCUCCCACUUUCCCAUGAGGUUGUAAAAUAACAUCCGAAAAAGAAAAGGCUUUAAUGCUGUAGUUUUCUUUUACUGUACUUUAUUCCCAAGCUUGCUCAAAGGGGACUGAUAACUAAGGCUAAAGUUUUUGCUUUUCUCAUCCAGUCUAGAAUGAGAGCAAAGUCCUUAGGUAUCUGAAAGUUGUAUCAUCCAAAAGAUAAGAGAUGUUUUACUCCAAGGUUAAGGUCAUACCUUCACAAAUCCUGUAAAAAAAAAUAAACAACACAUUCCCAUAGUACUGUUACUGUCUCUUGCUUUUCAGGACUAAGACAAAUUGUGGGUUAUUUGCACAUAGUCAGCCCAGCACUGAAGAGAGAGGAUGGAGGAGCUUGAGUUUAAGGCCAGGCUGAGUAAACUGAGUUCCUGACCAGCCUGAGCUACAGGAUUUCAGCUCAGUUACUUAUGGCUUCCCCUAAAAUUGCUUCCCUCUCUUGGGGACAAAUGAAAGUGCAAGGCUCUACCUUAACCUAUAAGGAUUGCAAAGUAUGGCCAGGAGGCAGUCGGGCUUGGGACUGGAGAGAAACAGGAACUGAGCAUUCUCCCGGGGUGCAGCCUGCAGAUGUAAAGGAAGUUGCUGAGAAGGGAGUACAGACUCUUGUCAUUGGCCGAGGAAUGAGCGAGGCCUUGAAGGUGCCUCCAUCCACUGUGGAGUACCUGGAGAAACAAGGCAUUGACGUGCGGGUCUUCCAGACAGAGCAGGCAGUGAAGGAGUAUAACGCCCUGGUUGCACAAGGAGUCAGGGUAGGAGGCGUCUUCCAUUCCACCUGCUGAUGGAGUCCACAGAGGAGAAUAAAUCACUAAAGAGCAACGCCUUGACUAUCCCAUUCUCCACCGGGCAUUUUGAAGACAUGUUCAUGUUCUGAGGAUAGAUUGAUGGAGGCUAAGGCAAAGUUCUUCCCUUCAGGUUGCUUAAAUCAGAAAAGAGUGGCAUCUACUGAAGUCUAGUAAUGUAGUAUGUGUCAGGUGCAAAGUGUGAGAAACCUCAUAUAAAAAUAAAGGUUGAAACUUGAAGGCCAAAAA